UUUCGAAAGUAGGGAUAACCAAAUGUUGAUUUUAUUCUUAGAAUAUAGGUUAUAACAAACCGUAGAUUUUAUAAAUACAAGGGCUAUUAUGGAUAACCCCAAAACAAAUAAUUCAGAUUCUGAUGACGAAACUGACAGUGACAAGAGAUCAUUUGAUAGUGGAAUAUAUGAAGGAGCUUCUGCUGAAGAUGGACGUCAGACAAAGUUGACUAGUAAAGUUAGAACUAGAUUAAUCCUUGGAAAGAGGUCCUAUCAACCUGUUGAUAUUGGUUAUAAUGCAAAACAUGGUGAAGAAGUGUAUCCAACACAACCUCAUGUGAAGUAUAUAAAAGCUGAACCUGGUUCUGUAAAGCAGUCAACUGGCACAAUGGAGCCCCCUCAUAUUGGUUUUGGUGGACAAGCAGUGUCACAGAUAAAGUGUUUUAAAACUGAAGCUGGAUCUGUGAAUACGAGUUUACUCCACGGAAAACAGGCAUUUAAAAGUGUGCCACCUCCUGAUAAUGGUUUUAAUGAAAAACUUGAAGAUCAAGAUGAAGGGGAUUUGAUGGCGCCUCAUGCCAAGUAUAUUAAGACAAACAGUGAUGCAAGACCAGCUGAAGCCAGUUCUGUUGUCGGACGGAUGAUGGCUAAGAUGGGGUACAAAGAAGGAAAAGGAUUGGGAAAGUUUGGUCAAGGUCGUGUUCAGAUUGUGGAAGCCUCUAAACACCGAGGGCGACGAGGUCUUGGUAUGAAACUUGAGGGUUUAGAAGCCACAGAUGUCGAGUGGAACUUUGCAAUGGAAGAGGUAGCAGUGGAUGAGGAGGUUGAAUGGCUUCCACCAUGCGAUCUACCUGUGCCAUCUCUUGAGGAAAUGUUGACUUGGAAAGUUAUUGGCCCUAAGAAGAGAACAAUAGAUGAUGAAGAUAAAUUUUGUCCUUCUAAGCUAGUGAAGCUUAUUUUAAACUCUAAGAAUGUUUUUGAUCAACUGGAGCCUGAGGAAAUGCGCCGAGCAAGAACUCGAUCCAAUCCAUAUGAAACCAUCCGAGGAGUUUUCUUCUUAAACAGAGCUGCAAUGAAAUUAGCAAACAUUGAUGCUGUUCUUGAUUUUAUGUUCACAAAUCCUAGAGACUCAAACGGUCAUCCGGUUGUGGGCAAUAAUGACCUGCUCUAUUUUGCUGAUAUUUGUGCGGGCCCAGGUGGUUUCAGCGAGUACGUUCUGUGGAGAACCAAGGGCGACUCCAAGGGAUUUGGGUUCACUCUUAAAGGCAACUGCGACUUCAAACUGGAAGAUUUUUUUGCAGGUCCUUCGGAAAUGUUUGAGCCUCAUUAUGGAGUAGGUGGGCUUGAAGGUGACGGAGAUAUUUUCAAUCGAGUCAAUCAAGAAGCAUUUACUAAGUUUGUGCUGGAUCAGACCGAUGGCAAAGGCGUUCACUUUGUUAUGGCAGAUGGAGGUUUUUCAGUGGAGGGUCAGGAAAACAUCCAGGAGAUUCUGUCGAAACAGCUGUAUCUGUGUCAGUUCCUGGUGGCUAUGGCUAUUCUCCGAGAUGGAGGUAAUUUUGUCUGCAAGUUGUUUGAUCUCUUUACUCCAUUCAGUGUUGGCCUUGUGUAUUUGAUGCAUCGUGCAUUUCACAAAAUAACCAUUUUUAAUCCAGUGACCAGCCGACCAGCCAACUCAGAAAGGUACAUAAUUUGCAAGGGAAAGAGAUCAGACAGUUUGCCCGUUUUGCAGUACAUGCGCAGCAUCAAUGAAGACCUGUGUAAACUGCUGGUGUCCACGUCUACUAAAGAUGUCAAUGAAAUAGUCCCACUACAAGCACUUCAGAACGACGAACAGUUCUUUCAGUACAUCAAGGAUUCAAAUGAAAUAAUUGGCAGGAAUCAGGUCAUCAACUUGAAAAAGAUUCAAGUAUUUACUCAAAAUGCAAAUUUGUAUGAAGAAAGACAAGCAGAUAUCAGAAAACAGUGUCUCGAAAAAUGGAAGGUCCCUGAUGAAUUCAGAAAAGCUCCACCUAGAAGAGAACCACAAAAGAGAUUUGAGCAUUUAAUUGGAACUGACGCAAAGGAUUACUUCAGUCACACUCCACAACUUCUGACCACAGAAACCCUGCACUCCAUUCACAGUAUCUAUGACUACAUGUGCAUUGUAACAGGAGACAGCAAAAGAUGCUAUCUGCUUGGUCUCGGGAAAUUAAAUGUGUUCAAGUGGGAUGGAAGACAGAAAAGCAAGUGGGUGAAACUUGAUGAUAAUCUCCAUGUUGAGUUGCCAACAGAUACACUGCUUGAGGUGGAGGUUGUGCAAGAACUCAGAGGGGAGGGAAGAGGUCAAAGAAGACAGAAAACCAUUCAUGUUUUGGAUGCUUUGUUUCUUUGUGGAAAAGAUGUAAGGAUGAAACAUUUCAAAGAAAGACGUGAAAAGUUACAGAAGUUUGUGAAAGCAAUCAGAAAACCAACUCGUUCUGACUUGACCCCAGUCAGUCUACCUGAGGCCAUUCGGUUGGAACAUAUUGAACAGGUUUUUCAAAGACUAGAUAUGAAGGUGGUGAAAGGCUCACAUAUGCCACGACUCUGUUAUGAAACAAACGAAGGCAACUAUUUUCAUCCCACCGGAGUGUAUCUGAUCAAGACUGUUAAAGAUCCAUACAUGAUGGCAUUUAGCAAGUCUUCACAGAAGAAGUAUUGGUACCAUACAAUAAAUAAAACAUCAACAUUUGAAUGUUACCAGGACGUUAUUGCUUCAGUCAGAGAUGGAAAGCUCCAGAGUCUCCAGUGGGUUUGGGAGGAUGGGGUCAAAGUUCAUGACAGCCAGUCAGAGGGAGAUCCUACAAAAUUGUCUCGAGACGCCUUAUUAAACUUUGUAUCUAAACGAAGGUGAUACAAGGAUUCAUGUCAGUGGCUGCAUAAACAUCAUGGUUGUAGUUUAGCACUAAAGCAACCACCAAGCUCAGCAUCAGGUGAUGGAGGGUUGACAAAGUCAUAAGGAUGACUCCUACAUCCUAAGUAUCUUUAGUCCAUCAUCUGGGUGUGGUAUGAAAACUUGGCUGUUGUUUGCCAUUACUAGAACAUGUGCUUGACUUAUAUGGUAAUCCAUUUUGUUGAGUACAAAAUGGACUCGGAGCCAAAUUCACAAAACAUUGUAACAUUAUAUUAAUUUUACAGUUGGCAGUCAUAGGUUACUGGUUUUACAGGUAUAUUUUGUGAGUUAUGUGAAUAUGGUAGUUGAGUCGCAGUAAGGACAAAAGAAAGUGAUUUAUUUAUAUUUUGAAUUAUAUUGUUUGUAAUUAUAACAAUAGGUUUGUUGCUGUAAAUUUACUUUUAUGUGCACAGCUAGGCUCCUAAAUCUACCACUGAAAAACCAAUCUUAAAAUUACAGUGAGUUGUUUACAUAAAUCAUUUUCUUUUGUCUUUACAGCAAUCUAUAUUGUAUUUUUGCCUGAAAUAGAUACCAAAAACAUAGAUAUACUGCUGCUAACCAUAAGGUUAUUGGUAAAAUUUAGAUCAUAGAUGUCUGUUUUUCUUAAAUGCAGGUUUUUAAGCAUUGUAAAUAUAUGCAGUAAUCAUGUGCAAGACAAUAACAAGUCCUGUAAAAUUAAGUUUUGUGAAAUUGACCUUGGAACUGUGUACUAACUGAAGUGUUGUCUAGGAGAGACAAUCUCAGAAGUAUACAACAGUGAAAUGUAAGACUUUUUCAGUUGUCUGCUUCUUAAUGACUAGCCCUGUGAAAGACGUUUUUAAUUUACUGGUUAUACUUAGCCAGUAAUGUGUUUAAAGUUGAUUAUUGUGACCUCAAUAACCUAGACUAUGUGGUUACUGUGAACAACAUGCAGCACAAUUAGCAAUGAUGGGGUCGAAAUUGGCUGAAAUUCCUAUCUGACAUUCAGUCCGGCAACCUAUAAAUUCUGCAGGCCCAUAUCAAAAUCUGCCAGAACAAAUACAAUUAUUUAUAGAAAAAAACAAAAACAGUUUUAUAUUUUGAUGUAGAUAUAUAUUUUUGCACAAACUAUUGUGCGAGUAUAAAUGCAAAAUAAUUGCUAAUCCGACAAGAUGGCAGGGAAAAAGAAUCUCCCAGCCUAUGAUGAUGUCGACUGGCAAAAAUGGUCAGAUGGCAGUAUUUCCACCCCUGCAUUGUUAUUUCAGUUUUGUUUUUACAGUUUCUUGUGGAGUGAUAAAACCACUAUAGUCAUUACAGUAAAUGGGCAUAUUUAAAAUGUCACCAUGAGAAGAUCUGUGCCACAAUUUAUUAUGUGGGAGGGUGCAUUUAUAUAUAUACUCACGGAAAAAAGUUCCUGUGCAUCAUUAAAAUUUUAGUAGGACUUAUAUUUUUAAAAUUUAAAAUAUUGUGAUUUACAUAGAUGUACUAUUUAUCUGUUAAAAGUAUGGUGAUCCUCUCCUGCCUUCUGAACCUGAAGUACUGUCGACACAAUGUUUGGUGCGCCGUCGGUGAUGAUGUAACAGAACAACGUACUGAUGUACGGACAUGGUCGUACUUUGUUAUCACAUAAUCGGUUGCAUUCAGUUCAUCCACUAAUUGGCCUUAACUUAGAGAUGCAUUAGGAUGUUAAACGUAUCAUUUCCAAAUGAUUCCAUAUACUGACGAUUUGCUGACGUGGCAUCACGUGUCGACUCCCUAAACAUGGAAGAUCCCUAGUACCCCUAAACUGUCGAGAACAUCUCCGCAGAUAUUGCAUAGUGUUCUGAUGAACACCAAUGAAUACCAAAAUUACUAGCAACAGCGUUUGUGUGUUCUAACCUCAAUCAUACCCAUCAUUCGAAGGAGUCCAUUUUCUGGGAGGCGUGGCAUCACACUGACGGCGAUCAGAUACCAACACAAAUAUUUUUUCUGAGUGAUGAGAAUCCAUACAAUAGUUUUAAAGUCCAAUGAUAAGAAAAAUGACGUCAAACAGGAGCAUGUGACCAAGAAUGCUAGUAAUACAAUGUGUGAUCACAAAGUAUGAAUAGUUCGUGCAAUUGACAGGACACCGCUGGAAUAUCGACGGGAGUGAUUACACGUUCAGUUACUGAAAUUUUUAUAACCAGAUUUCAAGUAAAUUAUAUUCUAUAUGCAAUCAUUUGGUGCACAGUAACUUUUUUCCGCGAGUAUAUAUAUAUAUACCCACCACCCAUAAAAUAAAAUUUUAUUUGAACCAUGUUUGUACGAGAGAAACAAUGCACAGACCCACCAGGCAUAAAAUAAUAUUUUACAUUACAUUUGACACCCCUUCCCCAGUAAUCAGUUUUGGAACAGCCCUGCUGUUCUUUCCGAUGAUUAAUAAAUCAAUGUGCUCUAGUGGUGGUGUUAAACAAAACAUACUUUCUUUCCUGUUGUUCUUUGUGCCCGUAAAAAGGUUUACACAAACAGAAAGGAGUGGUUGCUUUUAUUUGUUAAUUUAGUUUUUGAAAUUACUUUCAUGUUAUACAGAAUAUCAUGUUCAUCUUUAUUCCAGAUCAUUUUGUUAAUAAAGGCAGAACAUGCUUUUUGAUUUGGUCAGAGAAAGAUAAAAUGAAGGAUAUAAUCAUAUAUUGACUUUUAUGGUGUAAAUAUAUUUGUAGGUGAGCUACAUUUUGUGUUUUAAAAGUUUUGUGAAAAAGUAAAGUUCUUAUUCUUGUUUGAAUUACUGAUGAAAUAUUUUAAACCUAUUUAAUUUUUUAUAUCAUGUUUGAACAUUAAAAACAAGCAUUCUGAGAGUACUGCUAAAUCAAUACAUGCCCCAACUGGCCCUACAAAUUUUACAUUUCUCAGAGGGUGAUAGACUUAGUACAUUUGUACCAUUACUCUCUCAGAAGUGUUAUAAAUUAUACUAAUUGCAUCAUUGCAAAGUUAUGGUGCACAACCAGUUGUUCUGUUAAAAGGGGGCCAAACUUUAUGAAACACAAACUUGAUCUGUAGCUCUAUAUGAUAAAGCUAUACACAAAAUGUAAGUUCAUUAUCUUGAAGCAUUGCAAAGAAAAGUCCUGAAAACUGAUGUGAUAUUUUCUAAAUUCAAGGGCCAUAUCUUUAUCACAAAUGGUUAAAAGCCCAUGAAAUUUAAACUUUACAUGAUAAAGGUAUGUGCAAAAACAUUCAACUAAAUAUUGUGAUGUAUUGCAAUGCAAAGAUCAGAAGAAAGUGAUGGUUAUAUCUCCUACAUUCAAGAGCCAUAUGUCCUGGACAAUGAUUCCCUAUAAGGUUAGUAAUGAUUACAUAAAAAGUAAGUUGUGGUGACCUAGUUAUAGUACGCAACACACUGCCAUCCCAAGUUGUUAUUGCAUGCAAGGUUUGAUGAUCCUAUAUGAAUUGAUAAGUAUUUUCUUUAAUGUCCAAUAAAUGUAUGAAAGUAGGUCAAGGUGACCUAGUUAUGGUUCAUAACACCACCAUCCCAAGUUGUAUAUGCAUACACGUUUUGAAUUGAUAAAAAAGAUAUGUCCUAGAAUCAAAACAUUUACAGAUGGAUGGACAAUGCCUUAUCAUAAUAUGACUCAUCAAAGACAGGCAUAUAAAACUGGUGACAUCCCCAUGAAACUUGAACUCGAACUCUACAUGAUAAACAGAUACAUAAACUAUAAACAGAAACUAUAUGCUGGACAGACAGACAUGAAUAAAAUAUGUAGUCCCCUCCAGGUUGGAAUGGCAGUGGACUAAUAAAUAGGAAAAGGAAAGAAAUGUAAUUGCCCUUUGUUACACAGAAAUGCAUUGAAUGUUUCAAAUUGUUAUUAGUGCUAAAACUGUAUAUAAUUACAAUUAUAUUUGACAAAUAUUUGUCCAGUGUUGAUUACUUCAAAAUGUAGAUGCGAUUAUUAAAAUGUUUUAUGAAGUUAACACAUUUGAUGUUUCUGAAAUACUUGUGAGUUUAUCCUAUAGGAAUUUCAAAAUGUGAUUACAUAUUUGUUUAUUGUGUAAUUAAUUAUACCAAUUUAGCUUGUUCUGAGCAAAUCAGUUUAGUUCCAAAUAUGUGUGUUAAUUACAUGAUCCAGGGAUCAAUUUCACAAAACAUCUUAAGCCUAGUUUUACACCUGAACAUAAAUUUACGACUAAAACCACAAUUCUUAUUACUUUUAUAAUACAAUAAAUAUAUUUAGAAGUACACAUAUUUCAUGUUCUUAAAAUGCUCCAUUUUUCAUAAUUCUGUAAUUUUGUGUGUGAAAUAAAUGCCAAACACAUGUAAAUGUAUGACUGGUAUAACUGCUAAUCGCAGACGUAAACUUACGAUGUUUUGUGAAAUUGGCUCCAGAUGUGUUAGUCAAACCUUUUCUAACAGCCACCUGUAUUAAGAAAACACAUUUUUAUUCCCCAAAAUCAUCUACUCUAGUAUAAACUGUUGUGUUCAGCAGCCAUCAGUCUUAAAAGGCCACUUUUUGAUAUUCCAUUUGGUGGCUGCUUAAAACAGGUUUGACCUUUCAACAAAUUACAAAAAAAGAAUUGUUUUUUCCCUGUUGAUGCAUAAACAGGUAGUGUAAAUACAUUAGACUAGGAGGAAAAGGAAGUGUGUGGUAGUAUCCAGUUAUAAGCAUUCUCGUAUGGCGCAAUGUUCACACUGUAAGAUUUUUAUCCUUCAUAUGGGCCCCCUUACUUACCAUUUGUGACACCCAAUAGCCGAUGUGUAUUUUUGUGCUGGGGUGUUGUUAAACAUUCAUUCAUUCAUAUGGGCCCCAAGUCAUAUCUUUCUUUGAAAACCAUUUUUUGUCAGUAUCAUGCCUGUUUAGAUCAUCAAGGCAUAAAAAAAGGUGUUUCCUGGAACCUGGACUUAGAAAAAAUGGCCAAUCCUGUUUUCCUCAAUGUUUCAAUGUAUUAUUAGUCCCCUACCAGUCCAACUAGAGGGAAUAUAGGUUUGUUUUCAUUUCGGGAAUUCAUAUGUCCCACAUAUAGUUUUCAGCAUUUUUUUUUCAUAAUGCCUCAAGAUAUUAUAUGAAAUGUUUUUAAUAGCUUCAUCAUUUCGAGAACUUAGGAGAUAGAAAAUGUAACUCAGAAUGCUUUGAGGGUUUUGGGGUGGGGUUUUUUUAAUAUGUAGGUAAAAAGAGUAAAAAUGUAGUUAAAUAAUAAAUACCUUUUCAUUAAAAGCUGACCAUACCUAAAUUUUUUCCAGCAUGUCACCGAUAACACACAAUUUGUUUUUAGGCCUAAGUUUUAUAAUUCCUUCUUUAGCAUCAUGUCAGAAUGUAUUGUUCAUACAUAAUUCACAUUGUAUUUACUUUAAUAAAAAAUCUGAUCAUAUUGAUAUUGUAAUGUAUUUCAUUAAAUUUUGAUAAAG